AUGUCCGUGAAAAAGCCCGAGAUUCCAAUAAAACUAGACGAGUUCCCAAGGACGAAAGCCCGCAGCGGGAAAAUCUUGGAAGAUCUCGAUGAUGAUGUCCUCAGGGUCAAUAAGAUAAAGAAAGAACUCAAGAAGAAUAACUCCAUUAAGGAACCUACAGAAGAGGAUGACCAGUCAUGGCAAGAACAAUCAGAAUACUUCAAGAAUAUUGAUACGAAAUCGUUCAGACAAUACGACCUCGCUUGCUCUCGAGUCAAGGAGUUUUACGAAGAGCAACAUGAGAAACAAACAGUGGCAUACAAUAUCCAAGCAAGGAUUAAUUUCAAGACGAAAGUCAGGGCUAAAAUGACCGUCUGGGAAGGUUUAGAAAGGCUAAAUAAGCUUCUCGAUGAAAGUGAUCCUGAUACUGAACUUACACAGAUUGAUCAUGCGCUUCAGACAGCAGAAGCUAUCAGGAAAGAUAAGAAGCCUCGAUGGAUGCAGCUAGUGGGGCUCAUACAUGACUUGGGAAAGCUACUAUAUUUCUUUGACUCGAAGGGUCAGUGGGAUGUUGUGGGUGAUACUUUCCCUGUGGGAUGUAAGUUCCUGAAGAAGAUCAUUUUCCCUGAUAGCUUUGCAAAGAAUCCUGAUUUCUUCAAUCCACUCUAUAACACAAAGUACGGAAUUUAUUCGAAGAAUUGCGGUUUAGAUGCCGUCAUGCUUUCCUGGGGACAUGACGAGUACAUGUACCAUAUUGCCAAAGCCAAUUCUACGCUUCCGCAAGAAGCGCUCGCCAUGAUACGGUACCAUUCGUUCUAUCCUUGGCAUCAGGAAAGUGCUUACAGUUAUUUGAUGGAUGACCACGAUAGGAAGAUGCUCGAAGCUGUGAGGGCGUUCAACAAGUAUGACUUGUAUUCCAAAACGGACGAGCAAUAUGAUGUUGAAGAAUUGAAAAAAUAUUAUAUGGAGCUCAUUGAUGAAUAUUUUCCAGAGAAGAUAAUCGAAUUCUGA